UACUUUCUCCCUUCCUAACUCACGUGUUUCUUCCCUUUCUUCCCUCUCCUUUUCCACACCACCUCCUCCUCCUCUUCCUCUUUUCUCUCACCGACCACCGUAUUCCACCACGCUCGUACGCCAUAUCAGCACCACCGUCUCACAGUCCGACCACCAUCUCACAACCACCGUGAGACAGAAUAAAACUAUUAGAUCUCACAACCACCGUCUCAUCACCACAACAACUGUAGCUCGACAUCUCAGACUCACCACCGGAACACUAAACACAGACGACGGCAACGACGAGUUAUGGAAAUUGUAAAGUCUGUCGUCACGGUGGCGGCGACGGUGACAUGAACUGAUUCCGAUCUGAUUUUUUUUUUUUAAUUUGAUUUGUGUUGUCUCAGUUGAAGGAUGUGAUUCUCAUUGGUUUGGAAUGGUUGUUGGUUCAGUUUUUGGUCUGAGUGGGGUGGCGGAGAGAACACGGAGGGAGGGAGGAAGAGAAAGGCUUCUCUGUGUUUUUCUUCUUCUUUCUAUUGUGUUUUUUAUUUUUAUUGCACUUAAUUAAUUAAAAAGUGUUAGAUUCAUUUACAGUUUUUGCAAUAACUUAUUGAAACAGAUUUAUUAGUUAACAUGUUGUGCUAUGAGUUUGAAGCCAUCUUUUAUGUUAGUGUGGCUUAGUUGCUAGUUUAGUAGUUUGGUCUUUUUGUUUGCAGAUGGAUUUUUGUGUUGUUGUAUUAGGAUUUAGGAGUGGUGGUCUCUAAGUUGUUUACUAGAGAUUGUUACAGUUACCUUUAAUUUGCAUUCGUUCUCUUUGUGACAGUUUCCUGGAAGAUCAGAUAAUGCUAUCAAGAACUUUUGGAAUGCAAGAAAAAGAAAAUAUAAAAAGAGUGGCCUAUCACCCUACCCUAACAACACAAGACAUGCUGAUGUGUUGAACGGAAACAACCCUCAUCAACUUCCAACCUUAUUUGCUGUCCCAAAUACGCAGCUUCCAAACUUCGUUGCUGAUUCAAAUAUGUUGUACUAUGAUGUGGGAAGCAAUCACAUUGCCCCAACAUCCAUUGCUGUGGCGGACAAUGGAGCUUCUACUACACCUAUGGCUAUGAUGUCAUAUCAACAACCUCCAAUUCAAGAAUGUUCAUACAUUCCAAACAUCGACUAUCUGCUUUCACUCCCGCAGUUUUCAUUCAUUCAAACUAUGGACUGUCCGGGUUCUUCACAGAGUGGUUAUUCACAAAUUCCAUCACCUGAAGAGACUCAAUAUCAGAUCUUAGAAUCAAUUUCUCCGGAAAAUGAUGGUUUAUUGGAGUCGAUGUUUAAAACAGCAGUGAGUGGCGAAUGCUCAUAUGCUGCUACACCCAUGCGUCCCCCUGAGAUAAAUUUGGUUGAUGAAAGAGGCAAGAAACCAAUUUCUUUGGAAAAUGAUGUUGAAGAUGGCGACUUGAUCAAUACAGAUUUUUGGUUUAACUACGGUUCAUACGACAAUGACAACAAUAACUUGCAUGACAAGCUUCCACACAACAUGAAGGAUACCUUGGAUGCAGUUAUACAUGGAAAAAUCUUCCAUAAGUGAUUUAUGAUGGAUUUGUAAUGCAAGUUUUCCUUCUUUUAUUUUUAUUUUUAUUUUUAUUUUUUGUUGUGUGUUUUUUGGUUGUCAGAAUUGAGUUGUAGUAUGAAUUUUUGUUGCUGAGCGUUUGCAAACACACCGGAAGAAAAUGAACUUCUUAUUAUGAAUGUUUAGUUCUUUAUAAGUGAUAUAUAAUAUACUAUCUUUGUUUUGUUUUAA